AUGAUGAUGGAAGUUAUAAACAAUAAGAAUGAUGUUGUAGGAGAAGGUAUCCACAUACGACACAAGGCAGGCCGUCUUCCCCUUCAUCGUUGCUCUCGAUUUUUUUUUUUGCAAUCUCAUUCUCCUGGAAUAAUGCAUAACAAUGAUCUGGUGGAAGAAUCUGUUCGUCUCUACUUCUAUGAUGCAGGGAAUGCAGAUGCUCAUAAAAUAGUUUCUCUGCUUCAACAGCUCCAUAGUGUCAAGCUUCUUACACUUAACUUGCAGAUUCUCCAGCGUCUUUUUUCAAUAGAGGUGCAGCCCAGAUUUAGGAAUGUCAAACGGAGGAUGAGUAAAUCAGCGCGUUUUUCUUCAGGCAUGGAAGUAAGCCCAUAUAAAACUUGUGUGUUGGCGAAUGCAAAGAUAGUAAAGUUUGUACCAAGUAUUCAACAAAGUGUAUACUUGGAAAAAGUAACCACGUGUACUGAAAUAAAAAACUACGAUGAUAAUUCUCCAAGUUCCAUCUUCCCAAUGGUCUCACGUGAGGAGAUUAUAGUUAUGGGGGAUAUAGCAUUAGCACAGGUAUUUGUGAGACACCUGAGGAUAUUGGUAAAGGAGUGUAAAGCAAAUACAGAUAGUGAGACUGACAAGGCUCAUAUGGAUGAACAUGGCAAACCACAAGUCUGGAUGAUGCUCUGGGCGUGGCAAUUGCAAUGUAAUCUUAGGAAAAUGAUGGCAAUGCUUCAGCGAAGGGUAAUUGUAGAACUAGAGAAUUGUCGCAUGAUGACAUCGUUAAGGCGAAGAUAUAAAAUUAUGCAGAGGGGAUUAGAGACUCAUCCCAUAGUUACAUGGUUGGAGGAUAUGCGUGCAUUGUUUGAGCGCAUUCAACGGUUGAUAUCUCAGCUGUCUGCAUCAAAGAGCGAUGUGUUGCAACCAAUGUUUCUUAGUCUAUGUCUAGAUGCUGUCAUUCUCACUGAUAAUAUGUUGGGAUGGAUAUUGAAGACUGCAAACUCAACUCGAUAGACGAUGAGAUUAUAAGUUAUGGUUAAAUCAAAAGGGUCCUUGAGUUAGGAUAUCAUUAUUAAAUUUUACAAAUUACGUUAGAAAAUUAGAUCAGAUUGAAUCCUUUAAGCUUAAAGAAAUUACUUUUUAUAUACUUCAAUUCUUUUAGCAGCCUGCAGACUUUAAAAAAAAGUCUUUUUCUUGCAGAAUGCAGACGUUUGAUCCACCUCUUUUUCUGCAGAUGUGGUCCGCUGAUGCAGACGGUUUUGUGUUUUACCUUUUAAAAUACAAACAAUAUCUUAAGAUCUAUUUUUCUUCUACUGCUUCUGCC